CAAAAACCCCAAAGAAAAUGCUUAGGCAUCCUUUAGAGGUUCUGAUCAUAUUUUAAUUCAAGUUGAAAAGAUGCCACUGAGAUUGCCUUUUGGGGUGAAAAAAUGCAAAAAAGAUCAAUACGCUUUGGCAUUUAGUCUUGCACUUUUGUAAAGAAGAGAAACGUACAUCUUUAAAGUGUCAACUCUUCAUGCCGUAAUUUUUUUUUCAAACUUUUUUACUUUAGUAUAUUCUGUAUUUAUGUGCAAUGUGUUCCAUCUGUAGUUGGCAUAUCUUUGGAUGUCUGUUUUUAUAAUAUCUCCAGUGGAAUAAAAACUUAGUGUAGAAAAAUGGUGGUGAUGAAAAUACUGGCUUAUUUUGAGCAGAUCAACAUAUAAUCCGUUCAAGCUCUGCACUAGGCUGUUAGCAGAGUAGGGAAGGGUGCUAGCUGGAGGUCCAGAAUAAAUUGAUUUUUUUUUCCUUUUACGUCAAGGAACCAAGAGCAGACUUCUCAGACUAUGAGGAGUUCUCAUCCCCUGGAGGUGGUAAUUCCAGAAUAGAAAUUAAAACAAGUUUGUUUUACUUCACAGUGAUUUUUCAUUUUCAUAAUCUCAGGUUUUUGUACCCAUCCAAGUAUCCAUUUGGUAACUGGUAACCUGUAAGAUGAGUAAUGUUCAUUUAAAAAAUCUGCACCUCCUUUUAUUUAAAACACUAUCUUCAAGGAUGAGAUCAUAUUGUACCUAUUAGGCACCUAAGCACAAUCUUGUAACAUCCUGUUUGAGUUCCUGAAAAACCCUGAAUACAGAAUGCCAUUGUCCUCACUGCUUUUUGAGACCUCAUUUAAAGGCUGGGAUGACAGUAUAGGAAAAACGUAGACACGUUCAGGGAAUUUUAGGGACUCAAUUAGGGUGGAGGUACCUAAAUCCAGAGUGGGAUAUGGCCCCAAAUGUCUACGGGGUGCCCUAGUCCUGGGACCAAACGCAGUACUUUACAGGUUGGUCUCAUAUCGGAAAAUUCCCUCUUAAUCCCAUGGCUUUAGUAUUGGGCUCCUGAUCAACCAUAUGAUUUAACAGCCUUGAACAAUUAAAAACUGUAAUGCUGCAAGUCUAGUGAGAUAAGAUGUGUAUAUAAAUGAUACAGUUGAAGCUGAGGGUGGUGAAGAGUGAGAGCUGCUCAAAGCACUGUUCCUGUAACUAAACUUCAUUUUACAGUUAGGAUUAAGAUCAAUAAGUACAUUUUAUAAGACUUAAAGGUAGAGAACAAUGCCUUAAAAAAGGCUGAAAUGCUUUGUCUACUGAUAUCAAGAUCUAGUCAUUAGAUGUGUAGCAUUAAUUCAAAAUCUCCUUUAAAGGAUUUGUUUAGAGGUCAUCAUUUCUUCGUUUUGCUGCCUUAUUGUGUAUGGGGGUGGGGGGAAUUUAAUACAAACAUGUAUUUUAUGCACUUGGUGUAAGAACAGUGUGGACUAACCAUAAAUGUCCUUGCUGAACCAAGGACUGCAUUAGAAAGGACAAUACAUCUGUCCUAAUGUAUCGAGAAGAGUCCAGAUUUGUUUUGCAUCAAAAGCAAAAAUUAUCUCAAUAUUCAACUGCUUUUCUAAGCUACUGUAUACUUUGGUUCAAUAUGCAUAGACUGAAUCUUAAAUAUGAAAAAUGGUUAAUAAACCACUGAUGCCAGAUGAAUCUUUUUCACGUCAUGCAUUCCUAAAAAUGUUUUGAGAAUAGUGCUUGUGGUUUUGGUUUUAAUAAUGUAUGCCAUGAAAUGGUUAAAUAUUACUGACUGUGUGGCGAAGCCUUGGAGAUAGUAUGCAGAUACACGCUACUGGUCAUCCAAAUGACUGCAUUCUUAGCCCACCGCUGCGAUUCACAGAGGAAACACAUGAAGACAAUCUAACAGGUCUUGACUUGUCUUUUGACAGAAGAACCCCACAUGCAUGGUUAUAUUCCUUUACCCACCCACAGGCUGUCAUGCAAAAAUUACUAGGGUUGGGAAGAGCAAAAGUUGACCACCUUUUUGGAUCAAAAGAAGGUACCGUAAUCAUGAAACUUACGUUUGAGCUCGUCUUGAUUUGUGGAUUAAUGAGGAUUUCAAGUUUCCAGUGUGUGCAUGAAAAAGAGUAUUUCUGCUCCUCUAUCCCAACUGAUUUUCCAGAAGGUCUGAUCUCUGUUAUAUUUGUUGUAACGAAGAUUGGAGUUCUCAACUCAACGGUCUUCAACAGCCCAAGCUUGAAAUCUGUCACCAGUUUAGCGCUAGCAAACAGCGGCAUCACAAAAAUUGAACCUGGAGCCUUUUAUGCUUUCCAAAGCCUCACCAAACUCAGUUUAUAUCAAAAUAAUCUGACUACAAUUAUGGCUUCUUGGCUUUCCAAGCCAGAGCACUUAGAAAAUCUUACCCUGUCUCAGAACAUCAUUCAGGGAAUAGGGCCCUCUAUGCUGUCCCAUUUCUCUAACCUGACAACGCUUCAUUUGGCAAACAAUAGAAUUAAUAUGAUUGCAAUUGGCAGUUUAAAGCAUUUGUCUAAACUAACCUAUAUAGAUUUAUCUGGUAAUAACUUAUCUACCUUAACAAGAAAUGUGUUCAUUGGGUUGAGGCCUCCAAGAAUGAAAUUGGGUGACAAUCCGUGGAAUUGUUCCUGCGAACUUCAAGAUUUUGGAUUCUUUUUGCAAGAGCUGAUGAAUGCCUCUCUGCUGGAAGAUGCUUCAUCCGUGACAUGCCAAAGCCCAGCAGGCAUGAAAGGGGUUUCAGUUUGGAACAUAUCUGACUUUGACUGCUCACCUGAGCUCCCAUCACCAUUCCUUACAAGCAUCUUCCAUAAAGUUGGAUUGCCUCUGGUGCUUAUGUGUUUAGCGUUCCUUUCCUUUCUUUUGUUGCUGCUUCUGCUCUGGGUGGUGAAACGAGAUAAAAAACAAGUGCAACCAGGCAGAGAAGCUACCGUUGAAGAUGGUGAUGGAGAACAAAAAGGCCCCGUGAACGCAAUGACCAAGAGAAUUAGGAGCAACAGACUUUAUGAAGAAAAGGUACAGACAACAGAGAGUGACCAAACUCCACAAAGGAGAAUGCGCAAAGGUCGAGCAAAAUCUGCCUCGGCAGUUAUGUUGAGAAAGGAGUUUGAGCAGGGUACUUCUCAGCACUGGAGGCCAGUUGUUGGAAACGAGGAGCCACUGAAACCCUCUUGCGUAGCAACACAUGAACAAACCUAUGUGGAAGGCAAAGACGACGCAGCAGAGCUCUGGUAUUUUAAUAGCUUGCCAGAUUGGAAUAAAAGGGCCAUGCUCAGUCACGAGCCAAACAUUUCACCGACUAAUCUACAUCUAGAAACUUUGAGAGAGGAUAAUUCAGACCUGUUAAAGCCAUCACCGAGGGAGUGUGGAGUUUCAGAAGUGCCACAGAAUGAUGAAAGUAAGGGAAAGGCUACUACAGAGACUUUUGAACCACUCUUGUAUUUAAGCGUUGCUCAAAGGACUGAAGAACCAGCCAGCCAUGCUGAACCAAAGGGCGAUGGUGUUACACAUGCAAAGACAGGCUCUUUUUCUUUGCGAAGAGUUUUUACGUGGCCAUACGAAAAUGGCAAAAUGGGCCAAAGUCAGAAGUUUUUUAACACUUUGGAUUCCUUCAAGGCACAGUUCUGCCUCCCCACUAGUGACCCUGGCAUACCAGCACCAGUCAAGAAAACAGAAACCGAAGAUGAGCAAAAGAGAUCGGACCUCCAUUUAAAGGUUGUCAAAGAACAGCAGACACUUGAUCUUUUCAACACUGGUGCACCUAACUUAACAAGAGUGGUACAGCCAGUAAAAGCAUUAGUCCAUACGCCAAAGAAAAGAUCCAAGCAAGCAGCUGCAAUGGGAAAUGCAUUCAGCUCGCUGUCUAGAAAAGGGCUCGCAGCUCCUAAAAGCAUAAGAAAGAAGUGGAGCAACAAAAAGGGAUCUUCUCAGGCUGGAGUCUGCAAUGACCGUCUUACCUCUCCAGCCUCCUUAAACCCAGCUGACCGCACUGGCUCCCCUUGUGAUAAUACAUUACUCACAAGUAACAAGUACAGCUUCAUUGAUCUGCUGCACGAAGUUGUGGAGAAUCGUGGACGAUGGACCAGGGAGAGGUGGCAGCAGACGCAUCGGGCGCAAAACGUUAGCCAGUCCCCAAUGAAACCGAAGUAAACUUGGGUCACACCUACUCUGCAAAGCUGCUGUUCCACGUGCUGUUUGUUGUCUCGUGAGUCAAGAUCAUUGCCCAAUCGUGGGGAAAGGUGUUGCACUUGACAGCAGCGGUAGCCAACGUCCUCUUCAGAUGCGUGUCUACACUUCAGUCACAGCAGCUCUUCAAAAGGGUCAGAGCGCCGGCCCUGCUCCUUAAGGCAUUUGGUGACCAAGGUUUGUCAGUCCAGCACAUUGUAUAGGCCAAAAUUUAAAUUGAUUUUCUAUUUGUGCCUGUAAAAAUUUAGACCAUGACCAUUAUCAUAUCCUUAUAACUGUUAUCCACUCUAUUUGCUUACUUGAUUGUUUCCUUAGGUGGAUGGACCUAGUGCCUUUACAUGAGUACAACCUAUUCCUGGUGAUAAUAUAAGGAUAAACGGAGCGCUAGUGUCAUUUUAUAUGAACAGCGCAGUCUCCCUCAUAGGCUUUCAAGUUUUAUUUUAGGCUUCACACACUGUAUGUUCCAUUAAUAGCAGGUAUUAAUAUUAAUAAACUGUGUAGCUAGAAAUGUUUGUCCAGACUAAGCCAUAAUUGAUGGCUGCUGUUCUGUAAUACCAGAUCUAGUUCCCUGAUCUUUCGCGGCUUUUCUUGCAAGUGAAAACGGGUAAUUGUUUGCUAGCAGUUGCAUCCUGCAGACACCUGCUAAUUGUUUGCAAUCACACCCUGCAGAUGCCCGCUCGAUUUUUAUGUCUGUAUUUGUUGUGGUUCUGAUGGUAAACCAGAAGGAAUAUAUUCUCUCUGUGCUGAUAUUUGCUUAGAAAUGUUUUAAUUACUCCUAUUAUCUAAAAAGCACCUGGCUUUUUGUAGUGGAGUAGCAAUUUUGAUGUGGAUGUAUUUUCAUUGGAGAUGCUUGUUUAGCCUCUCAAGUUUCACUUGUUCACAGAAGUACACCAUAUGAUGAACUGGUAGGAUUCCUCUGCCCUACUUCAAAAUUUGCUUUAAUAAAAUUUUGAAGGCCAUAUUUUUGGAAUGUAUGUUUAAAAAAAAAAAAAGAAAAGAACCGGUAUAGAUUCAUAAAUCGAAAUUCUUAAAAUUUGGAAGCAUUUUGUUGAACAGAAAGUCUAUUUGUAGUAAUAACCUUCUCCCUUCCCUCCCAUCCUCCCUCGUACACUAAUUUAUAGUCGCCCAUACUGGAUAUGGGUUCUGUUGAUUGCUUUUUCCCUUGGCAAGUAUCUUUAUGUGAUCUUGGGCCUGUGAAUAAAAUGUGGGCUGCCAUUA